CGCCACUGGAUCGACUGGUGCCGGCGCUGCGGCCACCCCGGCCCCGUCGGCACCACCGGCCACUGCUACUGGAUCGACUGGUGCCGGCGCUGCGGCCACCCCGGCCCCGUCGGCACCACCGGCCACUGCUACUGGAUCGACUGGUGCCGGCGCUGCGGCCACCCCGGCCCCGUCGGCACCACCGGCCACUGCUACUGGAUCGACUGGUGCCGGCGCUGCGGCCACCCCGGCCCCGUCGGCACCACCGGCCACUGCUACUGGAUCGACUGGUGCCGGCGCUGCGGCCACCCCGGCCCCGUCGGCACCACCGGCCACUGCUACUGGAUCGACUGGUGCCGGCGCUGCGGUCACCCCGACCCCGUCAGCACCACCGGCCGCCGACACUGGAUCGACUGGUGCCAGCGCUGCGGUCACCCCGGCCCCGUCGGCACCACCGGCCACUGCUACUGGAUCGACUGGUGCCGGCGCUGCGGUCACCCCGACCCCGUCAGCACCACCGGCCGCCGACACUGGAUCGACUGGUGCCAGCGCUGCGGCCACCCCGGCCCCGACCAAUGGUCCAUCUACAGAAACCAGCAUCAACGACGCAGCACAGAGAGGGCUCCAGUCGCCGGCGGCCAGUGACGUCUCGAAGCAGACAUUGAGCCAAUCACCUGCGGCCAGUGACGUCUCGAAGCAGACAUUGAGCCAAUCACCUGCGGCCAGUGUAGUCACAGUCCAGAAGGAGGAACUCUCGACUGAGAAGCAGUUGAAGCAGUUCACAUUUCCACCUGGUCUUGCAGAGCUACAGGUGAUCGCGAUUUUGGAGUCCCUCCAAGUCCAAACCUUGAAGAAGCUCACGGUCUCCACUCCUCCUGACUCGACGGGACGGUGGCUGCGGCUGCUGCCGCCGUCCUUGAGGAGCCUGGACGUUUACGGACCGGGGGAGACGGGGAAGCCGGUGACUGUGCCGGAGAGUAGACAGCUCGACCAUGGGCUGGAUGUCGUCAUACUACAGGCGGGAGAUGACGUCAUCAACCAGCUAGCCAAGGAGCUGGGACCACGGGUUACCGGGCUGACCAUGUACAACUGCCCGCGUGUCACUGCCGGGGCCCUACAGAGGCUGCUGUCCGCCCUCACCGGCCUGGAAGACGUCACACUUGGCGGCUCUCUGUCCGGCGCAAUCACUGACGCCUCACUGGCCGCCCUCCACGGCCGCUCCCAGCUGCGUAUAAUGCGGCUGGGAACGCGCAGUGUACUCUGUACGGAUAUACCGGUCACGGCGGUCAGCAGACUGGUGGUUACCUGUCGGAGACUGGAGUGGCUGAUUUUUCACGCAACGGAGGAGCUCAGUCAGACGGUCCUGGACGCCCUGGUCCGGGGAGACCUGGGGAAAAGAGAUGACGGCACGACGAGAACACUGUGGUUCCAGGUCUCAGGAGCCGUUUAUGAUAAACUGAACAUACCGUCGGAUACCGGCAACAUCAAAGUACUGAGGGAGGACGAAUCCUGCGGUUCAUCUUUGAAGUUCAUCUUUCCACCGGGCCAUAGUGAGGAGCAGCUGACGGCUCUGCUGGAGUCCCUCCAAUCCUUGGAGGAGCUCACGGUCUCUGUGCCUCCUGACUCGACGGGACGGUGGCUGCGGCUGCUACCGCCCUCCUUGCGGCGCCUAGACGUUUACGACUGCCCGCGUGUCACUGCCGGGGCCCUACAGAGGCUGCUGUCCGCCCUCACCGGCCUUGAAGACGUCACGCUUGGCGGCACUCUGUCCUGCGCCAUCACUGACGCCUCACUGGCCGCCGUCCACGGCUGCUCCCAGCUGCGUAAAAUGCAGCUGGGGGACAGAGUGGACCAAUGUACGGAUAUACCGGUCACAGCGGUCAGCAGGCUGGUGGUUACCUGUCGGAAACUGGAGGCGCUGCUCUUAAUCGCAACGGAGGAGCUCAGUCAGAGGGUCCUGGACGCCCUGGUCCGGGCAGACCUGGGGAAACGCGAUGACGGCACGCCGAGAACACUGUGGUUCCAGGUCUCAGAAGCUGUUUAUGAUAAACUGAUCAUACCGUCGGAUACCGGCAACAUCAAAGUACUAAGACUGAGGGACGACAAAUCCUGCGGUUCAUCUUUGAAGCUCAUCUUUCCACCGGGCCAUAGUGAUGAGCAGCUGACGGCUCUGCUGGAGUCCCUCCGAACCUUGGAGGAGCUCACGGUCUCCAUUCCUCCUGACUCGACGGGACGGUGGCUGCGGCUGCUGCCGCCGUCCUUGAGAAGCCUGGACGUUUACGGACCGGGGGAGACGGGGAAGCCGGCGAAUGUGCCGAAGGAGAGACGGCCCGACCAUGGGCUGACGGUCGUCAUAAAACGGGCGGGAGACGACGUCAUCGACCAGCUGGCCAAGGGGCUGGGACCACGGGUUACCGCGCUGACCAUGUACAACUGCCCGCGUGUCACUGCCGGGGCCCUACAGAGGCUGCUGUCCGCCCUCACCGGCCUGGAAGACGUCACACUUGGCCGCUCUCUGUCCGGCGCAAUCACUGACGCCUCACUGGCCGCCCUCCACGGCUGCUCCCAGCUGCGUAUAAUGCAGCUGGGGGACACAGUGGACAUAUGUACGAAUAUACCGGUCACAGCGGUCAGCAGACUGGUGGUUACCUGUCGGAAACUGGAGGCGCUGCUCUUUAACGCAACGGAGGAGCUCAGUCAGAGGGUCCUGGACGCCCUGGUAGAGGCAGACCUGGGGAAAAGAGAUAAUGGCACGCCGAGAACACUGGGGUUCGUGGUCCUAGGAGCUGUUUAUGAUAAACUGAACAUACCGUCGGAUACCGGCAACAUCAAAGUACUGAGGGACGACAAAUCCUGCGGUUCAUCUUUGAAGCUCAUCUUUCCACCGGGCCAUAGUGAGGAGCGGCUGACGGCUCUGCUGGAGUCCCUACGAACCUUGGAGGAGCUCACGGUCUCCAUUCCUCCUGACUCGACGGGACGGUGGCUGCGGCUUAUACCGCCGUCCUUGCGGCGCCUGGACGUUUACGCCUGUCCGCGUGUCACUGCCGGGGCUCUACAGAGGCUGCUCUCUGCCCUCACCGUCCUGGAGGACGUCACACUUGGCGGCUCUCUGUCCGGCGCCAUCACAGACGCCUCACUUGCCGCCCUCCACGGCUGCUCCCAGCUGCGUAAAAUGCAGCUGGGGGACAGAGUGGACCAAUGUACGGAUAUACCGGUCACAGCGGUCAGCAGGCUGGUGGUUACCUGUCGGAAACUGGAGGCGCUGCUCUUUAUCGCAACGGAGGAGCUCAGUCAGAGGGUCCUGGACGCCCUGGUCCGGGCAGACCUGGGGAAACGCGAUGACGGCACGCCGAGAACACUGAGGUUCAAAGUCCCAGAAGCUGUUUAUGAUAAACUGAUCAUACCGUCGGAUACCGGCAACAUCAAAGUACUAAGACUGAGGGACGACAAAUCCUGCGGUUCAUCUUUGAAGCUCAUCUUUCCACCGGGCCAUAGUGAUGAGCAGCUGACGGCUCUGCUGGAGUCCCUCCGAACCUUGGAGGAGCUCACGGUCUCCAUUCCUCCUGACUCGACGGGACGGUGGCUGCGGCUGCUGCCGCCGUCCUUGAGGCGCCUGGACGUUUACGGACCGGGGGAGACGGGGAAGCCGCUGACACUGGCCCGACAGCCCGACCAUGGGCUGGAGGUCGUCAUACAACAGGCGGGAGAUGACGUCAUCAACCAGCUGUCCAAGGAGCUGGGACCACGGGUUACCGGGCUGAAUAUGUUCAACUGCCCGCGUGUCACUGCCGGGGCCCUACAGCGACUGCUGUCCGCCCUCACCGGCCUGGAAGACGUCACACUUGACGGCUCUCUGUCCGGCGCCAUCACUGACGCCUCACUGGCCGCCCUCCACGGCUGCUCCCAGCUGCGUAAAAUGCAGCUGGGACAGCCAUAUGUACUCUGUACGGAUAUACCGGUCACAGCGGUCAACAGACUGGCGGUUACCUGUCGGAAACUGGAGUGGCUGAAUUUUAACGCAAAGGAGGAGCUCAGUCAGAGGGUUCUGGACGCCCUGGUCCGGGCAGACCUGGGGAAACGCGAUGACGGCACGCCGAGAACACUGAGUUUCAAGGUCCUAGGAGCCGUUUAUGACAAGCUGAACAUACCGUCUCAUACCGGCAGCAUCGAGGUUGUGAGGGGCCCAAACACUAGAUGGGAUUAUCACUUGUAACGACUCGCCGACACCUACAGCGGUGUCAGCGGUGAUCAUUCUCGGCUCGUUCCCCCUUCUGAUUGGCUCAUCACAAGACGCCGAGGUGACGGACAAAUGGGACGACAGUCUGCCGGGCUUUAUUACCAACUGGGAGCUGGUGAAGCUGCGCUCCUUCAGCAUCAGCGUGCACCGGGUGAACACGGUGGGGUCGAACAUAACGCCUGCUCGUUCUUACUACGCUGCUUCUGCUUAUGUGUCUUCUGUAUCAUGUAUGAUGAGAAACAAUGACGUGAUAGUUCGGUGAAAAUCAUUCAAAUGAUGUGAGCAAUAUUAGAGAUUGUGUGACUUAGGGAAUACAAAUAUGGAUAAGAUGCACAGAUAGAUGAUCAUGCUGCCUUAUCCAGCCUUAUCCGUUAGAGCACCCUGCUCUACGGAAUCGAUAGAAUGAACGCACCAUAUGUCCUUUACAUUUCGAACGACGCCUGUGAAAACUGAAUAGUUAUUAGUGCGCUCAGUGUCUCCGUAUCGAUGCACCGUGCGGCGGUGUCAACAAACCCGACCGAGGGAUGACUGCCAAGUUUGAGAGCCACCGAACCACCUGACCUUGGGAUGGGUGACGAUGGCUGAGGGGGGGGGGGGGGAGGAGGGGGCGGGCGAGUUUAGCCGGCGGUUCACCGCCCCUAACAUUUACCGGGUAUCGGUACUUUCGUGAGAGACUGUACAUUCACAUGGCGUGUGCUGUGAAAUUUGCUGUUGGGUGUAAAUUGGAUAGAAACUGGUUGACGUGAGAAACAAGUGUAAUUAAUGGCUAAGUGCCGAUAUUAUGCACGGCUAUAGGGAUAAGGGAUAAGUGGCUUUUUCCACAUUGUCUACAAAUGUGUGAAUGAUGUAUGAGCGCGAAAGUAUGCAAACGAGACAUACUUUUAGGACACCUGUAUCGGAGAAAGGUAAUUUUGCUACGCGUUUUUUGCUUUCUUACAGGACAACAGUUCUAUACUUCACUCACAUGAGAAUGCUUUUGCUGCUUGAGAUUGCUCACGAUAAAUACAUGCAAGUUCUAUCGUUUUUUUUCCA